AUGGAUCCUACUCAGAAUAACUUCCCACACCACGGUCACAUCAAAGACGAGCCAGUUCAUAUGUACAAGCAAGAACCUGUACAGGAAAUGCGUUUGGCGGCAAUACAGCCGGAGCACGGAGCAAGAUGGGCAAACUCUCUUCAACCCGCGGGAUUGAGGCAAACUUUGGCUGCAAGCUUCCACGAUGCCCAUGACAUGGGCAUGGGAAGAAACCGUAUCCAUGCGGUAUUGAACGAAGCUUCGUCUCCUUUACCACACCAAUCAGCGUCAAACGGAAACACUUUCCACAUACCCCCAUUUCGGUGUUUGGCAGAGACCGCUGGUGCAGGUGAAUACAAUCUGAGCUCACCAUCAAUGAUGCCGGUGAUGCAAGCGAGGCAAGAGGAUCGAUAUAUGCCUCAUUAUCUUUGCCAAGCUCCUCCCCACAUGCCCCCAGAUGGUGCUUUCCUGAGUUCGAACCAUCUUCCGCUGCGAAACCCAAGCCGGCCGGCAGGACAAUGCGAUCUGCCACGUUUCUCUCUUCAGGGAAGUGCUUAUGCGAUUGAGAGUGGACUCGGGUAUCCCCUAGACAUGCCCCCUCCGCGUGUACGCCCUCAUACCCUGGAUCCGAGCAGACUACUGCAUAGGCAGAGUCCAAUGCCCAAUCUACGAGCAGAAUCCGUUAGCGAGUCUGAAUUCGAGAUGGACGAUGCAGGGGAAUCUGAUCGCGCUUGGGGCCAGCAACUCGACUAUGACGAUGCAGCUGGUUGGGGAAGACACCCGGACACCAUAGGAUUGGGUGCCCCUGGCUUUCGCGACACAAAGACCAAGGGAGAUAUGCGCGAUGCUGCGGGUGUGCGAGUGCGAGUGAAGAUGAGUUCAAAAUUUGUGUUGAAGAAAAGGGCCGCGAGACAGCGAGAUUGCUGGAUACUUUACCGCCGGAAUUAUUUCGGCAUUCAAAGUUCUUACAACUUGCAACCCAUCACAGACUCAUCCCCGGACGAAACGUUAUUUCUCUAUCGUAAUAACCACAAGCCGGAACCCAUCAAAACCCUCUUGAUGUGCAUGAGAGGUGUAGUGGAGACAGAGGAAGGGUCAGAGAUCAAAAUCGUGGUGUUCAACGCGAAACGGAAACCACUGCAUGAAGGAAAAGAUCCUCCACAAAUCGAACCCAAGAGAAUGAAGCCACUCGCAGGCUCCAAUAGACACUAUACAAAGUCCACAGGCGACCGCCAAGACCAUAUAAACGUGCCCAUGAACCACACCUUUCAUAGGAACCAGUUCAGGGCUGCAACGCAAAACAACGGGGCGAGAAGAACAGAGCAACAAUUCUACCACAUCCUUAUUGAGCUCAAGGCCGAAAUCAUCGUCGAUGGAGUCUCAAGACUAUUCACAGUUGCCUCCCAGAUGUCAGAACCGCUCGUCGUACGGGGUCGAUGUCCCUUGUCGUUCAAGGAAAAGGACUGCAAGGACGGCGACCCUAACCGCAAAGGAAGGAAACGUCCCCGAGACCGGGAUGGAAAUGAGAAGAAAGGGGGCUCAACCACGCAUAGCCAGAAGGAAGGACAAACGAAGGGAGCAAGCCGUGGUUCCUGUAACAAGACCGGCGAUAGCCACCGGCGAUCCACUCGGACUUCCUCCCAUCUCACAGCGUCACAUACCAGUGUUGAUGGAGAGGGUAGUAGUGGGGAUCGACUGUCCAUCGGGUAG